GAGGGCUGCUCCGGAGCCGGGAGUGUCGCUGCCGGAGAAAGUUUUGGGGAGGGGUGGAUAUUUUAUUUUUUUUCUUCUUCUUCUUCCCCCAGUGCAAGGAAAGGGGGUUUGGUUUGGGUUUGUUUUGUUUGCGCCGCACCACUCCUCGCCCGCUCGUUCUCUCCGUCUCGCCGAGGGUUUUUAGGGACUUUUUCUUUUCUGGUGAUUGUUUUGGGUUUUUUUUUCCACCCUUGCCCCUCCGGCAAGUCCUCCGCCAGCCGCCUUCGCCUCGUCAUCCCCUCCCCAUGCGCUUGGGGCAGCGGGCAGCUCCGCGGAACGCACCCGGGAGCUGAGCUGUGGAGCGGAGCGCGAACCCUCCCCGGGCAAGGAUGUACACGGCCGGGCUGGCUCCUUUCUACGCAUCCAACUUCAGCUUGUGGUCAGCGGCGUAUUGCUCGGCAUCGGGACCGGCAGCCGGCGGCUGUUUCCCGUUGGACGCCGCGGCGGCGAAGAAGCCAUCCUUCUGCAUCGCCGACAUCCUCCACGCCGGCGGCGAGGCAGCGGGAGGACCCGCCGACAGCUUGAGCGGAGGUCCCGCCACGGGGAUGCCGGCGACGCUGGGAGCCGUCCAUCACAGCGGUCCCUUCCAUGCCACCGCCUCGCCGCUUCGGCCCACGCCCGUCGUGGCCCCCGACGCCCCCGCCACCGCCUUCCCGCCGCGCCUCUCGCCGCUCUCCGCCGCCUUCCACUCCCAUCACCACCACCGCCCCCCGCAACACCGGUCUUCCGCGGCGGCAGCGGCAGCUGGCGGCGGAGGCGCCCCGGCCCCUGCCCGAUUGCCGGGCGGCCAGACUCACGGUUCGGCGCCGGCCCCCGCCAGCAAGGACCUGAAAUUCGGCAUCGACCGCAUUUUAUCGACAGAGUUUGACCCCAAAGUCAAAGAAGGCAACACGCUGAGAGAUCUGACCUCCUUAUUAACUACCAGCCGCCAAACUGGGGUUCAUCUCCCCAACUUGCAGCCUUCCGCCGGCCAGUUCUUCGCGUCUCUAGACCCUAUUAACGAGGCCUCUGCUAUUCUGGGUCCCUUAAAUACAAACCCAAGGAGUUCAGUUCAGCACCAGUUUCAAGACACUUUUCCAGGUCCUUACGCAGUUUUAACCAAGGACACGCUGCCCCAGACAUACAAGAGGAAACGCUCCUGGUCCAGGGCUGUUUUUUCCAACCUGCAAAGGAAAGGUUUAGAAAAACGAUUCGAAAUCCAGAAAUAUGUCACCAAACCGGACAGAAAGCAACUGGCGGCAAUGCUGGGGCUGACAGAUGCUCAAGUGAAGGUGUGGUUCCAGAACCGGCGGAUGAAGUGGCGGCACUCCAAGGAGGCGCAGGCCCAGAAGGAGAAGGAGCCGCCGCCGGAACCGGAGCCAGAGCCUGAGGCCCAGCGAGCCGGCGCACCACCCGCCGCCUCCGGGGAGCCCGAGCGCAGCCCCAGUCGCUCCGAGGGCGACAGCGACAGCAGCGACGCUGACUCCCUCGAUAUGGCCCCCAGCGACACGGAACGGACUGAGGGCGCCGAGCGAAGCUUGCCCGCCGCCGGGCUCGGCAAGUCCUCCGCCAGCACCGCCCCCCCUUCCCCGCCGCCGCCCGCCGCCGCCAGCCCCGAGCCGCGGAGCGGCCUAUAGACGGGGCGGACCCGCGGCCGGGAUCCGCGCCUUAAUUUAUCUCCCUCCCUCCGCCCCGGGAGCACGGCAAGGCCGGCACGGCACAGACCCACUCCCGCCCGCCGCCAGGGCCCGGCUCGGCCGGGAGCGAGAGGCCGGGGAGGCGGGUGGAGCGGGGAGCCCCGGCCCCGGGACGGCUGCGUGUGAGGCGGCCGCUUCUCCUUCCACGCUGCUCGCACGCAGGAGAGCGGGACUUCUCUAUUUUUUUCCUUCUUCUUUUUUUUUUUUUUUUUAAAUAUUUUCUUUUCCAUCUCCCGCCCCUUGUCCUCUCCAGGAAAAUCCGAGCGAAGGACUCCCGAGAAUGUGCUCCGAAUCUCUUCCCCCCUCCGCCCCAAACAAUUUACAAUGUGAAGUAUUUUGCCAAC